CGAAGCGAUAAAAAAAGUCAUAUAUGCUACAAAUAGUAUUAGAAUUAGUAGUUAUAGGCUAGCUUGAGUGCUCGACCUAUGGCCAUCGUUAAUGUGGAGACGCGCCUCGUCAUGUCAGCGACGUGAAGAUCCUUUGGCGGGAUGGAGGUUCACGAACUUGAGGCGGAUCUGCAUUUGGUCCGGUUCGCUGCCACCGUCGCUCGCGCCCGAGCGAAUACCAACAAUUCCAACAUCGUCCGAGAGCUCCUGCUAUGCAUUGGAAAUAUGUCGGAUCUGGAAGAAUGCGAGAUUAGUCAUGCUUGUCGCACAUCAGUCUUAAAUCUGUAAUGCAUGAGCAGGAAAAAAGGACAAUGAAAGCUUCUAUGUGUGUCAUGUAAAAAUGCAGUUUGCCAUCAUGCGGAAAGCGAAACACAUCAUGCGUGGUUCCGUAUUGCAGAGCUCCCACCAUGCACAAACUGGCAUCACAAGUUUCCAGACCCAGACGUAUUUGCAAUCGACACCUGCAGGAUGGAACAGGUUGUCUCAAGUCUCUCGAGAAAUUGCUUCGCGCAGUGGAUGAUGGGACCUAUAAAGCCGUGGUGCUCACGACAAAGAAUGAAACAGCGGUCCCGCAACAGCUCGUCAAUGCGGCUCGUCCCGAUCGCGAGCUCGAGCCAAACGCAAACAACUUAAAGCGCCCACUUCCUGCGCGAUCGCCCCAAAGCCCCGUCGCGCUCCAGGCCGAGGACAAUACGAGUUUCGACGCGAACAGCAAGCUUCGUGGCGAUGCGUCCAAAGAUGCCAGUGCCUACUCCGUGCAAAAGCUAUCGCAAUAGAAUGUAUGCAGCAGUUCCAGUUGUCGUUGUGUAGGUCUACGAGCCUGGGUGCGGGCUUUCCGGGGGCCCGCUGGGCUCGUUGUCGCCAAGUUCGGGCUCGUUGCCGUCCUUGCAAAAGCCGUGGUCCCUUGGAGGGCCCGCGCUGGUGCGUCGGGCGGGCCGCGCUUUUCAGAGGGGGCUCUGUCUUCGAAGUUCGAAGGAAGCGACCGGGGCAAAGCAUCGAUUUUUUCGCACGCUUGACGGCGAUCCAUCGCCCGUGACUUCGACCGCGCCUGCCAGGCUUCGUUGUCGGCCCUGCUCCAUGUCUUGCGUGCGCAUUUCGGAACAGGGCGGAGGCGAUUAUUAAAGCCGGCGAGGGACGAAAAGGAACAGCGCGCGGGCCCGAAAGCGGUCGCCUUCACUUGCUUCUCCACCAACCAUCCACAUAUGAUUCCCCGCGCCCAGUAUCGCCGGCCACUUUGGCCGCCCAUAAUGGGCAAAUCAGCAGGGGCGCCAGGCGGGCGAGGCAGCCGCACGAAAUCUUUCGCCCCCCUCGCCAUGCGCAGGGGCAACUCAGAAACGGCGCCGGGCCACGGCGGCCAAAGGUUGCUUGGUGCCGCGGCCCCCCUUCCUGCCGUGCGCAAACCAGAAAAGCGGGCCGCAGGCCAAAGGCAACCGCGGCCCCCUGGUGGGCCACGCCCGCCUCACUCUGUUUCCCCUCUCCCAGUCUGUCCUGCACAUACCUCGGCCCGAGGCGAAGCGACGGAUCCAGCGCGCGCCCGCCUAUCUACCAUGGUGCGAGCGUGGCUGGGUGGGCCCACGCCCGCACCCGACGGACGGAAGGGUCGCCAGGGCGGCUGGCUGGCUGAAGGCAGGGAGCGACCCAAGGCGGCCCCGCCUGCCAGGCCCACGCCGGCCAAAAAAGCCGCAGGCACGCAGGCCGGAGGCGGCGGACCAGGUAGGAGGGGCCGCGUGGGCCUGCAAUGGUAUGCACAGCCAAGGCAGAUACGCCGCCAGAGGCGGCUAGGGCCCGGCCGUUUCCGCGUGUGUGGGUGCCAAAUAUUGGCGAGCGGGAAAGGGCGCGAGCCAGAAGUGGCCGCGCGGCCUGGGUGGCUAGUUUCGGUCCCUUUGCUAGGUGCAGACCAAAACGGUUGGGGCCAUGGGCCAGAAGCGGGCAGUGCCCCGUUUCUGCCAGGCGGCUUCCCCUCUUGAUCCGCGCCGCGCUUGGUUCUGUAUCUCUCUUACUUCUUCGUUUUUGUUGUUAUAUAUUACAUUUCGAAGUGAUAUUUUUGCAACGUAUAACGAAGAGGACGUGGCAACCUCCCUAGCGCGGGUGCAGUGGCUUGAUGUUAUUGAGGUAUCAGAGUUGUCAUGGUCAUUUGCUUAUUAUUUUUCUCUAUGUUUUUACCCAAAAGAAAGAAGGCGAAGGUCGCGCCACUCUGUCCGAACACACAAGCGAAAGCAAGCUCCUGCAGAUCUUUAACACAUUUAUUCUGAUCUUAGCUUCAGUGUCAAAUAAGAAAGUGCGUGUUGAUUUGAAACAGGGCAUGUAACCCUCUGGAGUCCUGAGUAAACCAGGCUCUCUUUAAAAACGAGACCACGUCCGGGUCCGCAAUCAGACAUGUGGACUGCCCCCGGUCAUCAAGUUCAGAGGUUUUUUGCAAUAUAAUCUGGGACACACAAGAGGGCAUCUUUUCUAUCUUACGGCUAGAUGCAUACUUCGCUAUGAAGCCCAGUCUCCGCAAAAAGUAUCAAUCAGUAUGUACUCGCCCCGAUACAGAAGGCUUGGUAGUAUCUCUCUGAUCUUGCUCGGCCAGUUACGUCGAGGACGGAUAAUCUCUUCUUUUUGACAGUGAAGCCUUUUUGGUCGAUAUGCUAACACAGCUCUGGUGCGCAGCCGGGCUCUGCGUCGUCGGUUAUUCGAUUCAAAAUUGCAAUCGCUAAGACAAGCCUGUCAUGGCCAUUUGUAUCUUGCGCCGUGCCUGAAGCUCUUUCCUGACCGUUUGCGCGCUGCUGCUCGGUAAUCUUCAGUCGUUGCGCUCGGGCGACAGCCCUCCCGGGCUGCUGGCCCCGGUCCCGGCGAACUUGCUUUCCGUUUGCGAAAUAAGGAAGCGAACGUGGAUUACCUUCCAGGGAUCUAGAAGGAGCAAAGGAACGCCCCUCAAAGUUGGGCACUUCCAUCGGGAGAAGGAUUGCCAAGCUGGGCCCGGGGUCGGCCGCGUGGCCGGCCAAAAGGUGCGCCGGAAAAGCAGCGCUCCGCCAGGGAAGGCGUAAAAAUAUCUGUAUACUUUGUUUGCGUCCACGGGAGCACUGGUAUCCGAAAAGCGAGAGUUUUUUGUGUCGCCAAUCCCCCCGGCGCGCUUGCGAAAAAGCAGAAAACUCUCUCUGUGCCUCGUCCGUGGGUCCGCAGUGCCGGCGUCUUUUGCAAGAUAGAAAAACAUGAAAAGCAGUUUGGCGGCUUGUGCGGUGUUGGGUGGCCCUGGCGGCGCGGUGGCCUGGGGGAGUGGAGGGGAGCGCGGUGGCGGGCUUGGGGAGACGUAGGCCGAUCACCCCCUUCAAGUUAGUGAAGAUCACCCCCGUCACGAUUCCAAGAUAACGCCCCUCGAGGGUGUGCUAGGGCUUAGGGUUUAGAAGACGUUCCGGUCUGGUUCAUCCUCUUGAGGCGGUUUCGUCUGGGCCGGCCGUCGCGACGGCUUGCUGGCCCAAGCGCCACCCUUUUGCCCUUUCCUGUUCCGGGACGGAGGGGGGCGGGUUUUGUUCCGGCACCCCGCCCCCCUCCCGCACCGCCGGGCCCCCCCCUACCUUAGCCGCCCGCGUGCCUCGACCGCGCUCGGGGGGGUGUGAAUUGGGCUGUUUUGGCCCGGGCGGGCGGGGCGCUAGGCGCUUGCGGGGUUCUUCGAAUGGCUGCCCGGCUGCAGCGGGCCUUCAGCCAAGGAGCCCAUUGGAAGGCCUUCCAGCAAAUACCAACGCCGCCCCGCCCAUACUUUCUCCGGUCUGACCGCCGCCGGCCCGCCUGCCCCCCCUUGGCCCCCCCCCCCUAACCUGGUUGCCUUUCCCCGGCCUCCCUCGCGCGCACGCACGCUCCCUUGUUGCCCCCGCCUCGCCCCCUGGCCCACCGACCCCUCCUGCAUCUUGAGGGGGGCGAUCCCGCCCAGGCCCCCCCCGCGCCGGACUGACAUUUGGGCUGGCAGCCCGGGCGGGCCGGCGGGCAGUCGGGGCCAUUAAAAAUGAAUAUAAAAAAGCACAGGGAAAAACGAGAAAAAAGAGCACGCGUCACUGGGCGCGGCGGUAUGGCUUACCAAGGUUUUUGGGUCCGCGCACGGUUGCCACCGAAUUCAGAAGGUCCGUCGGUCCGCCCGACGGGUGGCGCCCAUGAGGGGCUCGGCGGGCUUUGCGCCCUCCGUUUAAGCCCCCGCCGGCUUGGUUCGUGGGCCGCGAAAAGCGAGCCGCCGCGGCCCAAACCGCGCGGGCGCGGCCGCGCGCGCUUAGUGCUGCGCAAAAGGAAUCGCGUAGCGGUUGACCACCACUGUAUUGCCCCCCGCCCCGGCCGGGCACGGGAGUCAUAGCCGCUUUGCCUUCGUGGCACGCAGAUAAGCCCACAGAUAGCGAUAGCAAUUUUGGCGAGAAUAUUGCCUGUGGCAGAUAUCGAAGCAACGCCCUGCUCUUGGAAUUGCAGGCGGAGCAGUAUCAGCAGGGAACACAUUCCCGCGAGCACGCAUGGUUUUUACUCAUUUGCCGGCUUUGCGCCCACUAAAAGUCUUGUCACUCUGUUGAGUCUAUUGCACAUAGAGCAGUCUGUGGCUAGCAAGGACAGCUGCAUCACAAAGACGCCUGCUUGUCCUUGUCCUGUUUACAAACAGCACUUCAAAUGAUCCCAGAACACGAAUGCAAAUUUUUCUCAUGCGGAAGCGGACGAUGUGCGUCGCAGACGGGUCCGUAGAUGCCAAUCUGGGUGACAGCUAUGUUGUGGGGGUGUCGGUAUUUUCACUGAGAAUAAAUCGCAGUGAAGGAGUAGGGUAGCCUCGGGCCUUGGCGUGUCGCGCUUCUCGCACUCGGAAUACUCUUGAUUUCCUUGUGGGCUACUCGCCGACGACUGUAUGCGCUGACUUUCUUUGAUGAGCGGCCUGGAGCCGAGAGGCUACAACUGGCGGUCUUUGGUAGGUCACAGGAGCAGGGUUUGCGUUCAAUAGAACGUUCCAAAUCACGGGUAGGCAUGAUCAUCAUGGCCACCGGUAGGAAGAAUCGUGGUUGGGCGACCGCCCGCACGCGCGCGCCUGCUCGCUUCGUCUGCCCACUGGUUAGUCGACGUGGCCGCGCACCAGAUGAGCGCGAUGGAAUACUCAAUCACCCGCCCUUAGACAUCAAGAAGCUCCAGGACGUCGUCGCAGCUCCUUCCUUGUGUUGCUACUCAAACCUCGAACCCGGACCAAAUUGCCACCGUGUCUGUCGGCCCCGGCCGGCGCCCAGGUCGGUUCGUUGGUGUCCGCAUUUCUCUGUAGUUCCUCCGGAAAUGGAAUGGGGCCGCGAAAGUCCUAGCUUCGCCGGGCCGACGUAUAUACUUGCUGUCUUCUGUGCCCAUUGCCAUUGGCUUUUGGUGCGGAAAGUAAAAGGCCCGGCCUUCGAUGCGUUUAUGGAAACAAAGGCGAAACAAAGGCCGCCUGCUUGCGCUUGGUUUUCCGGGGGGCCGCAGGUUGUGCCCCCCUGCUUUCCUGCCUGCGGCUUCCGGUGGUGUUUGUGUACCGCCACCAGAGCUCCAGCUCUCUCAUGAAUGUGGCGCAAGCAGGAAGGGCGGGCAGAGGCGUCUUACUUAGGACCUGGCAUUUCUAUGGCGCCGGUGCUGACGCAAGGGAGGGCUGGCAGAGGCGACUCGUUCUGGGCCGUGUGCUCCUGUGGAGGUUGGCCGAAGCACCAUGGGGGCGGUUGGCCCGUAGUAGUGUCUCGCCCUGUAGUCAGGGAGGGCGGAGCGACCGACUGAGGGUUUCGGCCCGCCUUCCCGCUGGCAAACCGACCCGCGGGCCUGUUGGUUCACCAGGAACAGGGCGGGCGGUCCUUCAGAUCUCGGUGGCGGCCGAGCGGUUGGGGCGCUGCCUGGCCACCAGCUACAACUGACAAACGGGAACAUAGAUGCACGUUAAGCAGCCACUCGCCCGUCUGAAGAAGAAGCAGAAGUGCGCACGCAAUUGUUUUGCUGGGGGGCCUGUGUCGGCUAGGACGACGCGCAACCCAUCGCUCGGGGCCGCGCGGCACGGGCGCCGGCCUAUCCGUGGUGUAAGUAGGCCCUUCGCACAUAGUUGCGCAGUGGGUUUCCGUUUCGCCAGGAAGGCGCGGCGCACCCUCCCGGAAAAAUGAGUGAAAGCGUUUUGUGGGCUGUUUGUCCAUCUGAUAGGCCAAAUCCACCGAGCGCGGACGAGCUAUCAAACUAUGUAAAUGCGCUAUUAAGCUGCCACCGCGAACUGAGGCGACGCAUAUGCAGGCACCAAGAAGAAGCUUUGCGGUGUAUACUCUGGCAUCUUUCCCCACUACAUAAAAACACCAGAAAAGAUUCGACGGCGGGCGUCUUUUUGUUUGAAUGUUGUACCAGCGCAGGGAUCGGGCCAUGGACUCCCUAGGCGAGUCGCUUUGAUCGCCAUUUGGCCAAAGUGAAUGAAAAACCUGGGAAGGGAAGCAGAAUGAUAGUGAAAAGUGGCACCAUGAUGAGGGGCCGGGAAAAAAGACCGAGCCCGCACACCAUUGGCUUCGUUUUGGAUUGGAUGGGUGGCCCGCGCGCUCUUGGGCCUCGCAAAAGUCGCCGCGCGCCAAAGUUAGUGGGGCGACCACUUCCGGCGUGGGCCGGCUGGCUGAAUGCCAAGGCAGGGCCGCACGCUUUCCCCAAGAGAGCAAAUAAAACAAAGAAAAGCGUGGCCCGCCAAAAAGCGAAAGCGCGUCGGUCCGCAUGUUGGGGGCCGCAUUUCGGGCGCCCAUGGGGCCGGUCUCGGGGCCUGCCCUCCCAGGCGGGGCCAUGGCCUGUGGGAAAUUUGUCGCGCCCCGAGCCCGAAAUGGCUGGCGCCAGCUUUGGGCCGCUAUUUUUUUAUCGGCCGCCGUGCCGUCGUUCAUCGGAUCCCCCAGGGGUGGCGGCAUGUUCGUUGUCCGUAAGUGUGCCUAGUGCUGUUUUUUGGCUCAGACAAAAAACCGCUAUUGCCUCACCACGCACCCUUGCUGGGGCGGCUGCUAUUGGUUUGAGGUCAGAAGUGUGGGGCCUGUCCUAGGUCGGGGGUGGCCCCUAUGCUAUAUAUUUCUUUUUCUUAUAAAUUCAAAUACAUAUACUUCAUCAGCGCGCCUCCAUAGUUUCUCUUUCUUUAAGAAGCGCACAGGCAAUUCUUCUUCUUCCGGAUGUGCUUAGUGCCAAUUUUCCGGCAAAAACAAAAUCGCAAUCGGCGCACGACUCUCCUUUGUUUUUAUUUUCACUGCUCCUGCUCGUCCUAGUUGUGAUUGCAAUGUCUGCCCGUCGCUUGCUUCGGUGUUGUAGCUGUGUUCUAGACGAGAACGGGUGUAAUUGUUGUGAAAAAGACCUGAUGUCGAUGGAGCGCCGAUUGAUGAGCAGUACCUGCUGCAUCAACAGCCAGAAAAGUACUUCUUCUUUCCUCCAUAAGGCAACUUCAUAGUGGACCAAGCUAUCCUCCAUGAACAGCGGAGACAAGAACGGAAGUUAGAAGCACAACUGCAGCAGGAUGCCCUGGCGUUGUCGGACGGGGGAAACCAUGGAAGCAACGAAAACACCAUUGGGCAGCAAAGGAAGAAGAAGCAAAAGGGGCUCGUCGACGUUGCGUCAACCCUAUUUGGGGAAAGUGAACAAGGCGCGGAGGCAGAUGGAUUUUUGGAAGAGAAACGAAUGAGAAAAGGAAAAGAAAAAGCUCCUUUCAAACAAGAAGACAAAGCGACAACACAAGGAGCCUCCGUCUUUCCCGAGCCCGCCUCUUCCUCUGGAUCAAGUUCGUCAUCGUCCUCCGCAACUACUCAAGCAGGAGGCAGCCGAGGGACAACGAUAGGGGUCGCAGGGGUACCCGCAGCGGCGAUGAAAAAGGAAAGUGUGCAGUUGUUGCUGCAGCAAGACAACUACGAGAAUUCCGAAGAUGAAGACAUCAAUUCGGAACAAGAAAGUGAUGACGGAGCUGAGGGACUGUUAGAAGAAGUUCGCAAUCCGGCGAAUCACAGAAAGUCGAGGAGCCCCACAAAAAGGAAAAUGGCGGCUGCGAACAAAGACAAAUCAAAAAUCGCGCACACGAGGAAGGACCCGUACGCAAGUCCGACGAAGAACAACAUGGAUCCGAUUUUUUCUGGGCGCCUCAGCGGAAAAAAAGCGAACAGUCAUCUUCUAAAAAAAUCAGACCACGAGCGGAGAAUAUACUGCGAGAACUGUCUUGUUGUGAAAGGCAGGACGGAAAGAAAAAGAUGUAAAGGAAUCCUGCAAAUAGAUCCGGCAACUACGAUGGAUUUUCUCUUCGCCAAGAAAAUAAGGAAUGACAGUGUAAAAAAACAGCAGUCGAAGCAGAUUCAGUUCGAAGAAAAGUAUGGAAGGUUGUGCCGGUACUGUUCCAUCAUUCUGGACUACACGCAGUACUCUAUGUCGCAGCGCUUUAACGUAUCCGUAACGGAGAACCUGAAUGUCAAUCACCUCAUAUCACAGCUGCCCCUGGUGCUCUUGUGUAAUGAACGUGCAAAGGGCAGUUUUUGUAUAUGCAUAUGAGUAUCUUAAUCUUUUUCGCCACUUCCCCCCAUAAAAAGUUGUUCUUGUAUUUUCUCCUGCUUGCACUUGUGCGGAAGCGGAUUUUUCCCCGUCCGCCCAGCAGCAGCUGCGAGCUUCGGCUUGUGAUACCUUUGCAGAUCCAUAGAAGUACAAAACGGAUUGUCAUUUACGAAAAAUGAAAACCUGUUUCGAUAGAGGCGAUUGAUAUCUAGGCACGCGUUUUGAUUUUGAUAAAAAUCGCAAGUCCUGAUGGAUGUGGAGCUAAAGAUUAGCCCGAUGCAGUACCCAGUGAUGGCGUCGGAGACAGUUGGAUGCGCCUUCACUUCAAAGGGGGGACUCAGGGAAAGUAUCUGCGUCUUGGACGGGGGACCGAAGGAUAUGCAGGCCGAGCAACCGGCGCUUCUGCUCUCCGGGGAGUCCCAUAUGCUGGCCCCGUACUUUUUUUUUGUUGUUGUACAGGAAUCUUGCUGUACUACCUUGCUCUACGUAGGGCUAUUUUUCCUGAAAGUCUAUGUCUGUUUAGCGAUCAAUUUGAUUGGUAACCGCAUGAAGUGCCUGUGAAAAGAUUCAGACUUCUCCCGAUUCCCGUGCAAAUCCAUUCGCGGAGCGUAGAAAGUUCAUCCUCCUAGGUGGAGGUGUAAAGGAAAUUCAGCAAUAAAAAGUUUUUUAUGAAUAAAAAGAUGCAGAAUAAAGUUGAGAUUCUGUCGCUCAUUUGGAAAGGCAAAGGCCUCACAGGUACAUCUCCGCGAGCCGCACUGAGAAAUCGAAGGUCUAUUUUCUAGCCGAUUAUCCUGGGCAUGAGGGUUCUGUUGCUAUAUAAUCGUGCCAUCUUCGGUUACUGACCAAAGAAAGAAUGCAGGAGACAUGCUGUCUGAGCUGAUUUUUUGACUUUGAGAACCCCGGCUUUUGCAGAAAAAGAUCCCGAGAACUUGGUACUGGUUGUUUUUGCAGAAGAAGUAGCUCACCGAUUUUGAUCUUGUCUGUAUGACAGUACGCGUGGUUGUUGGUCGCCUGAAACUGUUGCACAGGAUAAUUAUGGGCCUGAUCGAGCUGCUGCUGCCGGCUCUUGGUCAUCCAAGCGUGUUUUGGUAUAUCUAGUCUAAGUGAUGACGAGGUGUUGCAUUGCUGGCCACGGGGGUGAGCCCACUCAGUACACAGAGAUAGAAGAUCAAAAACUCGCGUCAGGAGCAUCGAAUGAAAUUGUAAUGCAUAAGGUGUGCGAGUGCACCAGCAACCAUUCCCAGCCCCGCAAGGGCACUUGUCUUGCGAGGUUGGCAAGUGAGGCGUAUUGUCCGCCUUUUUAGGGGUAGAAAUAGAGCUGCUAGAGUAGCAUGACGAAAGAUGCACUCUUCCCCCAAACAGAAACAGUGCGACCGAAAUUUGUCAUGCGCCACUUAAAAACUGGGCUUCCAGUUCCAACAGCCGGCGCUUUUCUGCAUUACGAGGCUGAUGUUGAUGGCUUCGGUCCUCGUGACUUCACGACAAACCAUCUCUCUGCGGAAAUGUAGUGGAGGUUUGUUCGGCUUCGGUCGGUUUAGCAUUACAAGUUAUUAUCUUCAUGUCAGUUUGAGAUUUCAAAUUCGAUCCUGGAACCCCCUUACCUACAUUGCUUCUUCCAUGGGAAGAUGUUCCUACUCGUAACUUAAACUUUUCAAUAUAGAUUCAUCUCAAUCAAAAAACAAAAAAAUUUAAGAUAACGCGCGACUUUCGCUUUGAGGAUGACUUGCAGGUUGUGUCCGAGGAGGAUUUGCAAAGUCUGAAGACAGCUGGGGAAAAUUGCUGGAAGGACGGGAAACUCCUGGUCGAUUAUUCGCCAUCCUGGGUAAAACCAAACUCAGCGCAUUUUACGCUGCCACCGGCGCUCACCGCUGCACAGAUUGGCGGAACGAAAACAAGCGGACCGAUCUGCAAGCCGACCGGCGUCUGGCGAUGUGCGGAGGAUUUUCCAAGGCCACGAGGGCACUUUUCAGCGGACGCAGCUGGCGAGGACGAGUGGGCGGAAACACUGGUCGACCAAGAGGCGUACGGAUUAGCCGUCCUGCGCACGUGGAUCGACACAAAGUGCCACCUGUUUGACUUCGUGCAGACCAUCGUGGAUCUGGGUGGAGUAGACGGCUUUCGCGACAGCAUAAAAGCAUCGACAUGCUUCGGCGAAAUGAAGCAGCUCGUCCAGGACAAGUACAAGCAUAAGAAGGCUCAAUUAGCAGCGCCGCGGUGGGCUGCGUCGGAGCACUUUUUUUCGGGACAGUUUUUUUAGUUAGCACGGCUUCGUCGAUUUUUCAUCGACAAGCGAAGUAGUAGAUGAGGAGCGCUCAUGAGAAUAGUGUCAAUUACUUUUAGAUUUUCCGGAUCCGAUGCAGGAAGCACUAUUAACAUUUGCACGCAGCAUGCACCUCUGCUCCAUGAUUCGAUUCAAUUUGAUGAAUGCUAAAUAUAAUGAUAAACGCACAACUCGCGCAAAAGCAAAAAUAAUGUGAAGAGAUAGUACUAGAUAGUAAACGAACGUGAGUCGGCGUCGUCGCCGUGUGUGGGUGGCAUGCAAGUAACAGAAAAAUCAACUCGAGCAACAAAGUGUUUACUUAUACUUAUAUUUUUCGACUUUAUCGCAGCUGACUUUAUCGCAACCGACUUUACCGCAACCACGACCACCAGUAAAUGUAAAAGUAUGAACAUUCACGUCAUGUUUGGGCAAACAGUUAUAAAUUUUCGUCUAAAUGACGGUGACAGGGCUUAGUUAUUAUCUGACCCAUGUUCGACGUUCUGUCUGUCGGCGGUCCACUUCUUGAACAAUUUUUAGUAACUCGUUGAUCCCACUACAAGGUGCUUCUACACAAGUCCUGCUCACGUCGUUUGACCUGACGAACGUACAGUAAAGCAGGAGGUCCACCCUUUUCGGCAGAGGAAAAACUGUGUCUGUUCCGUUUAGACACACACUUUCGAUCGGCUCCGCGGCG